AUGCGAGAGAUUUAGUUCGCAGCCAUGUUUAAUUUAUUUUUUUGUGUGUUCUUGUGUGGUGUGUUAUCUUUGAAAGUUCAGGCUUCGUCCUUAGAAGACCUAAAGAUGAAAUAUGUGGAGAUGAUAAUAGAGUGUUCAAGUAACUACCCCAUCACAGCGGGUGAUAUGGUGCAGCUCAAACGAAAGAUCAUGCCCGAUAAUGAAUCCAUCCAAUGUCUGUUUGCUUGCGUUUAUAAGAAAGCUGGAAUGAUGGACGAGCAGGGUUUCCUAUCCGUUGAAGGCGUGAAUGAAAUGACACGAAAGUAUUUAUCCGACGACCCUGAAAAAUUGAGGAAGAGUGAAGAAUUUACGGACGCGUGCAAAAGCGUUAAUGAUAUUCCUGUCAAUGAUGGAGACAAAGGCUGCGAGAGGGCUGCGUUGAUCUUCAAGUGUACCGUGGAAAAGUCUCCUGAUGCCCUCACAGAAGAGGAGUUCAAGUUGCAGUUUACGAAGCUGAUCAUGAAGUGCAACAAGGAUUCGGAGGUGGACAUGCAAGAAUUGGUGCAGCUACAGUCCUAUGUGGUGCCCACUAAGACCGCUACAAAGUGUGUGCUCGCGUGCGCUUAUAAGGCCGCUUCAAUUAUGAACGCUCAAGGACUGUACGAUAUCGAUCACGCUUACAAAGUUGCUGAAAUGAUGAAAAAUGGCGACGAGAAACGACUGACCAAUGCUAAGAAAAUGGCUGAUAUUUGUGUUAAAGUGAAUGAUAUCAAGGUUUCUGAUGGAGAAAAGGGCUGUGACAGAGCAGCUUUGAUCUUCAAAUGUACGGUUGAAAACGCUCCCAAGUUCGGGUUUAAGCUGUAAGUAACUUCAAAAGAUAUGGGAUGUGAUGCUCCACAGUGGUUAAAUGUGCAUAAUAAUAUGUGUAAUAAUUACAUAUUUUUUAUUAAGAAUUAUAUAUAACUUUUAAGAACA